AUGGUGUCGAGUCGACGCACUUCAAGAAUCGAUAAACAGCAAGCUGCAGAAGUUAAUAAUGAAUCCGCGCACUUGGACCCUGCUUUGACUUCCAAGUUCGAAGAAUUGGCACAGAUUGUCGACCGCCACGACGAUAGAACCCGUCUGCUGUUCCACUUGGACAAGUUCGUAUCUCUCGUUUACUAUAACCCGCAAGAGGCAAAACGAGAUCAUUCGGAUGUCUUUCAGCGAUGGCGACAGCCCCACGAUCUCUGGGAAGCUGUGAUCUCCAGCCAGGAGUCGCGUCUGGGCCGUCGGAAAGUCGCCCAGGUGCACACGGCCUUCAACGCGUUUUGCGAGGAAAAAUAUGGCCCUGCCGAGCCCGUGGAAGAAGAGCCUGUUCGAGAACCUGCGACAAACAAAAAGAGAGCAAAGUCUCAAGCAAAAACGCCAAGCAAACGUGUCAAGCGUGAAAGUGCUAAUGGCCACGACAGUAAUUUGGCAAAUAUCGAACUACCCCCGCUGAAACCCGUUCGGGGAUCCAAACCCGCACCAAAGGUAACCCACCCCAUUCAUGUUGUCGCCCCAAAGUUUGGGGGUAAUUUGGAUUCGUUGUUAGCUACUUACAAGUCUACUUUCGAGGACCAGGAGAUCGAUCCCGCGGCCUUUGACGAGUACGUCCAAAGUCAAGCAGUGGCACGGCAAAAAGUCGUGGCAGCUCAGCAGUCAGGUUUACUGGAAGAGUUGCAACGUUUGAGUGCUGGCCAAGAGCUUCAACAAAAAAAGUUCACCGACCCCAAUCGAGCGCCUGCGUAUUGGGACAACCUUACUGCCCAAGCGGCGUAUCUAGGGAAGGUCCGGUUAAAUCUUCGCAAGUACAAGCAAGGCGGUGUCAAAAAGAUUGCUCAAGCUGUUGAGCAGUAUUUCAGACGGCUUGCUGGUGCAGAGGAAAAAGAAAAGAAAGAUUUGGAGCGAUCCUUGCGACAGCAAGCUCGUAAAAUUGCUUCUGAUGUUUUAAAAAAAUGGAAACUCGCCGAGAAAGUUGUACUGCAGCGCAGGCAACAAGUUCUCGAAGAAGAAAACCGUGUUCGUGGUAAAGAGUAUCUCAACCAGAUUCUUGAAAAGUCCGCUCAGCUACUGGAGUCUCGGAUUGAAAGCUACGAUCCAGAGGACGAUACAGAGUCUGAGGUAGAGAAAAGCGAUGCCGACCGGUUUUCUGAGAGUAACGACGAGAGCGACGGAGAGGACGUUGACGAUGACGCCAAGCUCACGGUCGAAGAGCUGCGAGAAAAGUACAAAGACUUGCCAGAGUUCGAAGACCAAAGUGACGUCAACAUGUCUGAUGCAGCACCGCCAUCGUCUCCACUGGUUCUUGAAGCACCAAGUAAGGAGCUUCUCGAGCUUUACAACCAAGUCGAAAGCUCCCACGACGAAGAGAGCUUAUCUGUAUCGGACGAAGAGUCUUUGACAGACUCCGAAUCCGAGUCUGAAUCCGAGACUGAACCUGCUGCCAAGGGGCCUGGACUUGCUGCUUUGUUCGGAGGCAAGGUCGACGAAUCCGAGUCCGAAGACUACGAGUCUGAAGACGAUAAGGACAAUGUCAUGGAGGUCGACAGCGAACCGGAAUCCAAAGCUGAGGAGCUAGAGGAAGCGAAGCCCGAAGAUGCUCAGUUGGAAUUGCGUAAGGGAUUGCACAAAAUCGACCCACCAUUCCUCCUCCGUGGGACUUUGCGAGAAUAUCAGCGUGACGGCCUCGACUGGUUAGUUGGCUUGUACAAUACCGAAACCAAUGGCAUUCUUGCAGAUGAGAUGGGUCUUGGUAAAACCAUUCAAACCAUUUCUCUCCUGGCUUAUCUUGCUUGUGAGAAGCAUAUUUGGGGACCCCAUCUCAUUGUUGUUCCAACUAGUGUUAUGCUAAAUUGGGAGAUGGAGUUCAAACGCUUCGCCCCGGGGUUCAAAGUUUUGACGUAUUAUGGCAAUCCUCAGCAACGUAAAGAGAAACGGCGAGGCUGGAAUAAAGAAGAUACCUGGCAUGUGUGCAUCACCUCAUAUCAGCUGGUGAUCCAAGACCAGGUCGCUUUCCGGCGCAAGCGUUGGUGCUACAUGAUUUUGGACGAGGCCCAUAAUAUCAAAAACUUUAGAUCACAACGAUGGCAGGGUCUGUUGAAUUUCAACUCGGAGAGACGUCUACUUUUGACCGGCACGCCUCUACAGAACAACUUGGUGGAGCUGUGGUCGCUGCUUUACUUUUUGAUGCCAUCUUCCAAGGGAUCUCAAAUGAUGCCUGCUGGAUUUGCAAAUCUUCAGGACUUUCAGGAAUGGUUUGCUCGACCAGUGGAUAAAAUGGUCGAGGAAGGCCAAGAGGCAGACGAUGAAGCAAAGGCGACCAUUGCGAAGCUUCACCAAGUUCUCCGACCGUACUUGCUUCGUCGUCUUAAAGCUGAUGUGGAAAAGCAAAUGCCCGGAAAGUACGAGCACAUUGUCUACUGCCGUUUAUCAAAGCGGCAGCGCUAUUUGUACGACGAUUUCAUGUCUCGAGCAGCUACAAAAGCGACAUUGGCCAGCGGUAACUUUUUAUCGAUUCUCAACUGCUUGAUGCAGCUGAGAAAAGUUUGUAACCAUCCAGAUCUGUUUGAAGUUCGGCCAAUUGUAACGUCGUUGGCUAUCGAUCGCUGCGUUCCUGGCGCUUUCGAGUAUACCGCCCGAAAGUUUGCCAUUGAUACGGCGCCGAAAGUUAAUUUGGAUACUCUAAAUUUACUGUUUCCUGCAAUGGAAAACAAACCCAAGUGGGAGGCUCUAACUGUAUUUCAAUCUCGAGCGACGCGCGAGAUGGCGUUGAACCUUACCGAAAUGAUCCCUGGAACGGUCAUGGCCGAGCCCGAUCUUCAGAGCCUGGACAAGUGGGCCAUUUAUGAUAUUUACCGUCGCCGAAUCGAGAGAGCUGAAACCAAAAGACAUUCCAUCUACCUCAACAUGUUUCGCACCAAUCGUAUUCCCUUGUACGGCUCGGACUUGGUGAAGGCAGUGACGCUACAAAAGGUGGCUCCGCGUGGCUACAACUGGGGUCAUUUGUCUGCCAUGGACGAGCUUGUGCUCGAUCUGCCCUCACGCGAAGCAUCGGUUGGCCCACUACUGAGCCGAUUUGCGUUUGUAACGCCCACAGUAGUCACGCUUGAUGCGGCUGAACAGGCUGCAGGUGUUCUCGCCACCGCCAGCGAUUUUGAGACGGUUCGCCACCAACCCAUCGGUCACGAAAGCCAAGUGCGGCUCUCUAUUGCUUUCCCAGACAAGCGGCUGCUUCAGUAUGACUGUGGCAAGCUGCAGAAGAUGGCCACCCUGCUGCACGAUCUGAUCUUUGAGGGGCACCGGGUGCUAAUUUUUACGCAAAUGACCAAAGUGCUGGACAUUUUGGAGCAGUUUCUGAAUAUUCACGGCUGGAGAUAUUUGCGACUCGAUGGCGCAACCAGGGUUGAACAGCGGCAGGUACUGACUGAGCGGUUCAACAAAGACGCGUCGAUUCCGGUGUUCAUUCUGUCCACGCGGUCUGGUGGUUUAGGCAUUAAUCUUACCGGAGCUGAUACAGUUAUUUUUUAUGAUUCAGAUUGGAACCCGGCCAUGGACAAGCAAUGCCAGGAUCGUUGUCACCGUAUUGGCCAAACUCGAGAUGUGCACAUCUACCGGCUCGUUUCAGAGUUUACGAUUGAGUCGAACAUUCUGCGAAAGGCGACCCAGAAAACGAUUCUGGACAACGUUGUUAUUCAAGAAGGCGACUUUACCACGGACUAUUUCAACCGCAUCACGGUACAGGAUCUUUUGGGCGAUAACGCCGGACGGGCGACGUCCGCAGAAACCCUGCAGGAGCUAGGAGGUAGUCUCGACGCGCUCGGUCAAGCCGAAGACGAUGAUGAUCGGGCUGCGGCGAGCAUUGCAAUGGGUGAAGCCCGUAUGGACCAAGAGGAGUUCGAGGGCAAGACCCCCACGCCGGCCCUGGCGGAAGGAUCGACAAUUAGCGCAGCCGAGGAAGCUGUUGAACAGACCCAGGAGGAGCAACAGGAGGAACAGGAGGAAGACGAGAUCGGCCAUGUGGACGACUACAUGAUUAGAUUUAUUGAGCGAGGCGACUUCUUCCAGGAAUGA